AUGCAUGACCACGAAUCAGUAGUAUCCGAGUCUAAGAAUUCCUUGUCUGAGAACACUUGGAAAAGCUCGCACCCAGCCACGCGAGCACCGAGUGUUCGACUUUCUCGAGCGAACUCCGAGAUCUCACUCUUUGCCCCCGUACGCCGCCGUUCCAUCAUUCGGACCCCGGGAGUUGCUACCCGGGCCGAAACCGCGUCGGAAGCAUCACGGAGGACAAGCCUUCGAGGAAGGCACGAAACAGCAGCAUCCGCUCGCCAGUCGAGGAGGAAUUCUAUCGAACGCAGUCCGACCCGGAUACAAUCUGUGCCUUCGAAGCUCACCGAUCUGAACGGUCAGAGAGCUGUUACACCUAGCGAAACCGAUUACCAGCAACUUGGAGCCAUGAAGUUUGGCUCGUUGCGCAUCACGAAUGGGGCCCCUAGCCCGAGCAGCGAUAAGAGGCGGAGGAAGAGGGGCUCCGGGGGCCAGGUAUUCGUUUUGCACAAUGAUUCCAAUUCGAGUCUCGAGUCCACCCCGAAACAAAACGCCGCCGUCCACUUGAAGAUUGCGGAACCCCGACCGAUUGUGAGCGCUCUAAGCCCUAUAACGGCAACCUUUCUCAAACUAGAAGCUGGCGCCGAAAGCCAGUCUUCGACCCACGCCCGGACCGACGCCGGAAGCUUUGCUAAUUUCCUUCCCGGGAUAAAUUUUGGGUCUUUUACUUUAUCUGAGCCGCGCCCGGUGUCUCCUCUGCAGUUGCAGACGACAUCGAAACACACCGCCAUGGAAGAUGAUCUUUUGAAGAUGACGGCCAGAGUCCACCAACAUCCGAGCUCCGCCAGGGACAAGACGCUGAUGUUCAAACCCGUCGGCGCACAACACGCCCGCGCGCGGAUGUGA